CGCGUCAUGAGACCUGCGGUUGUAACUGCGAGGAAGGUUAGCUCCUCUUGCCUCCUUCUUCUUCUCUGUCUUCUGUCCUUCAUUAUUAGAGCAUCUCCUCUUGAUAGACGCAUCCCGGAUGUGGGGAGAAGACACCGCCAGUCAAAGGAGAGGAAAACAUCUGGAAAGAGGCUCCUCGUUGCGGCUCAGUAUCCCGGUCAGGAACCGGCGGAGAUAGCGCGGUUGUUAGACGCGUUUGGGUUGAAGACUGUACCGAGACCUAAUCGCACAGCAAUUGCAGCCCCACCAGCGUUCAUGCUAAAUCUUUACCAUCAACUCGAGUCAACCGGUAGUUCUUCAUCUUUACGGCAACCAGCUGCCUCCCCUAGAGCCAAUACUGUCAGAUCCUUCAACGAAAAAGGAACUAUUUCAUCUCGGAACAAAUACCUCUUCGACACAAGGAGUGUUCUGGACCGGGAGACGGUGCUAGCAGCCGAGCUACACCUCUACAAACAGAAACCCAGAUACCCCGACGGACACACCGACAAUAUCCCACAACAAGUGACGUGUGAGAUCUACAAACUCAGCAAGCACGGCCACCCGACGAUGACCAGGACAUUGGUGGACCGUAAAAUGGUCAACUCGUCCUACUCAGGAUGGGUACAAUUCAGUGUCACUAGUGCCUUUGAGAGUGGUGAUGUAGAGGCUCAGCAUAUCCUCUCAGAUAAACUCUUCGAGAUUCGCAUCAAGAGCGAGCCAGAACUCCCUAAAGGAACCAUAGCGUUUGCCAAGAGGCCACGCCCCAAGCACAAGGACCACAGGCCGUUGCUCGUCUUGUUCCUAGACGACAAAAACGUUUUAGCGAGUGAUAUAACGCUACCGGGAACAUCGGUCCCAACGGCGGGUAGCCAACUACUCUCGGGGAUGGAUAAAAAAGUGCCCAGUAAUGGCGGCAAGGAGGGCGGGCUUACACUUGGAAAGAGCCCUCAAGCGACUGGUGCAGAACACUCGAAUCGGCGACGUAAGAGGAGGGCCUCCUCACGGAUGACAAACAGAGGAAGGACUAAAUGCCAACUCUACGAUUAUUAUGUAGAUUUUCAUAAUAUCGGCUGGAGCGAUUGGGUAAUAGCGCCUAAUGGAUAUUGGGCCAAUUUCUGUGAGGGGAACUGUCCCUUCCCCCUGGACCCCAACUUCAACGCCACCAACCACGCCACUGUCCAGGCGAUUCUUCACAUGCAGACGGGGUCAUCCCGGAACAAUCGACGGCUGCCCAAUCCGUGCUGCGUUCCGGCUACACUGGAGAGCAUCCACGUGUUGUAUCUGGACGAUUUGAACAACGUGGUCCUCAAGGAAUUCAACGGAAUGAUCGCCACAAGCUGCGGGUGUCAUUGAUCGUCUAGAGGCGGGAACAUUAUUU